UAUUUCACCCAGAAAGAGGGAUGCAGAGAAGACGAAAAUGUAUACAAUCCAAUAGAAAUACACCGCUUUUCCCCCGGAGGCUUUUGCUUUUCCCCAAAGGGGGAUCGCCAAUUUCGUCUCUCCGCGGGCUCAUGAUUAUAGUCGCUUUUCCUCAAUUCUUCCUCACUUUGGCUUUCUUUGCAUUGGGGUUUCAUUGGGGUUUCCCCCCCUCUCCUGACUGUGCUUAUCUGUAUUCUUUCUAUCUACUAACCUCCCUCCAUCUCCGCUCUCCUCUCACUUCCCUGCUCUCGCCCCAGGAUGGGGAGUGGUGGUGUCAUGCUCGGAUACUCUGGUCGAGACGUUUUCGCUCGGUUGUCCUAUCCUAAUCCAACGCCAUGACCAAAGGUUGCUAUACCUGCCGUCGCCGCCGCAUCAUCUGCGACAAUGCACUCCCCACGUGUCGGAAGUGUCGGGGUGCGGGGAAAGAAUGUCUGGGGUAUCAGAAACCUCUCGUUUGGGUCAAAGGGGGGGUCGCCAGUCGGGGCAAGAUGAUAGGUCUCAGUUUCGACGACGUUCAGAAGGAUACCGAGACACAGGAUAAUUUGUCCACUUCCGCCAACUUUCCCGAGAAUGCGGAACUUCUGCAUCCAUCGAGUCUCCCACCACCACCACAGGUGGAGACAGAAGCGGAAUGCGCCGAUCGCCACCAAGGGGCUCCUGUGGCUGUGAAUCGUGUUCCGAUACCUUGGGUCCUGACGGAUCCGCUGUUCAAGGACUGCAGUCGCAUGUCCAGGUUUUAUAUUGAUCAUUUCAAUCACAACGUCACAAGGUAUCUCGCUUUAUACUCAGACGUGAGGAAUCCGUUCCGAGAUCUUAUCCCCUUAGUCAGUGAUUCGCCUGUCAUCUCUUACUCCCUCGCCGCCACGGGAGCCCUUCACCAUGCUAUCCUCGUAAACGGGGAGUUUUCCCCCAUGCCGUGGUCCGCGGACAGGUUAUCGACCAGUGGAAUACCCUCACCUCCCGAAGAGGCUCCACCAACUGAGAUUAGCUCCCUGGUCCGACGCCCAUCAACAAGAUCAUAUGAACAUUUCCUCGGUCUCAAGCAACGUGCGCUCCAUCAGCUAUCGCAGGAUAUUUGCGAUCCCGUCAUGCGAAAUGACAACAUGACACUGGCGGCAAUUAUGGUCUUUGCCCUUAUGGACGCCAUCGAAUCCGGGCAUGCAGCGUGGAAAUUCCAUCUGGAGGGGGCCAAAAAAAUCAUCCAGAAUCGCGAACACGACCCGACAAGCCAGGCACGAAGAAUGAUGAACUGGGUGGACGAUUUUGCUACUGAUGGAUGUCUUCUAAUCCAACUAAUGGGCUCUACGCUGGCUCGACCCGGUUCGCUCUCGAAGCCGUUUUACUCUUCCGCAAUGGGCUUGCCGGUUCUAAAACGUCUCGAAGAAACGUCAUGGGUAGGGUGUCCCGCCUACCUGCUUGAAGCUAUCCUCUUGGUCCAUGCCUUCUUUGAUCUCGAACCGGAUGCCAACUCCUCCCCACAUGUCCCCGAAGGCUCAAAUCCACUCCAAUGUCCCGACAAAAUCACCCUGCACAUUCAAGCCUUUGACCCCGUUGCCUGGGCCGAAUCGCUCCAGAGCUACCUUUACCUCCCCGACCUCUCCAUGCGGAUCGCCCUCGCCACCAUCUACAAAGCUUCCGUCUACCUCUACGCUACCCGGGUCCUCUCCCGCCCCGUCCCGGCUCCACCAUCUCCACGACCCUUGGUCUGCCCCCCAGACCAUGCCGAGGUCGCCGCCCUCCUGAUCCACCAGAUCUCUCUGAUCCCCGUCUCCGACCCUCACUUCAAAUGCCUCAUCUGGCCCUCCUUCAUCGCCGGUGCCGAAUGUAGAGACCCCGCCCAACGCCCUUUCCUCCUUGAAUCCCUCCGCACCCUCUACUUCCUCAUCACCAGCGUCAACAUCCGCAACGCCGCCUGGGUCCUAACUCUGAUGUGGCGCAAGCGCGACCUGAGACGCGGGGGGGAUCCAAGUUCCCCCGGCCCGGACAAUGCCACUGCGAGUUGCUUCUCGACUGCCUCCACGGCGACGCGUCUCAGCCUUCAUAAUGAUAAUUUUAACGACGACGACAAUAAUGAUGAUGAUGAUGAUGAUGAUGAUGACUUUGACUGGAUACAGGAACUGGAUGACUCCCAGGUUGAUUGGCUUUUUAUCUAA